UCCCCCCACUCCUGUUUCCGGGGCGCUGCGCACGUGUGCUCUCGGGCAGGGCCGCGGUUCUGCGCAUGCGCCGGCAAUGUGGCGGCGGCUGUUGCGGUAGCGCCGAAUGGUAGAUGGAGCAUCCCGCGAGCGCGGCAGUGAACGUCCUUGAAAAUAAAUCAUCCAAUGAGGACCAUGUUUCUAUUUGAACUUGCUGAUGGCCAUUGAUAAGUCUUAGUAACACGCAAAGAAGGGAGUGGCUGUGGUUUGCUGGGUCUGUUUGAUAGACUGCUUUUGGAACUGCCCUGAAAAAAGAAAUGAGGAAUCUUUAACAAUUGAAAAUACUUCUUGGUUGAAAAUCUAAGGGGAACCCAAGCUAAGACACGUAGAAAAAGAUGUUUUGAUUCCAAAAAUGAUGAGAGAGAAGGCCAGGGAGCUGUGUUCGGAUAAAGUGCAAGAUUUUACUAAAUGCUGCCAAGAGACUGGCUUUUUAAUGGUGAUAAAGUGUCAACAGGAAAAUGCAGCACUGAAGGAGUGUCUUACUGCCUACUACUCUGACCCAGCAUUUUAUGAAGAAUGCAAAAUGGAAUAUCUAAAGCAAAGAGAAGAAUAUAGAAAAACUGGAAUUCCUGCUAAGCAGAAACAGCAGAAACUUCCUACAUCAAUGUAACUAAAAUAUGAAAUCAAGUUCUGAAAUCUCAGUUGUGUUAUCUGUACACAUUUUGAAUUGGUAAAAUGAGCUAAUCAGGCAAACAGACUUUUUUUUUUUUAAAGCGUCUUCCAAGCAGGAUUUGAGUGAAAAAUAUAGAAUGAAUGCAUCUCGGGUGUAUUGGGAAUAAAUAACUUACUAUGAAUAUA